ACAGUAAACCCAAACAGCCUUGCACUGUUAAGCCCCCCUCCCUGGCCACUAUAUACCCCAGAUCUCACUCUCUCUCUCUCUAAUCUUUGAGUUCUUUGUCAUCUGCUUAGUGGGUAUUGUUUGACAGGGUUUUGUGUAAAAAUGGCGGCAGGAGUGAACAGGAAGAUAUCAGCGGCAUCAGCUAGGGCUCAUACCAGAAAGUCAAAGCAGAACAAUUCUUUACAACUUCCUUCAGGGAUCUUUAAGAAAAUAUUAUUGGUCUUCCUUAUGGGGUUUCUGGCAUGGGCUUAUAAGGCAAUACAACCAUCUCCAUCCAAGAUAUGUGGAUCUACAGAUGGCCCCCCUGUUACAGCUCCAAGAAUAAAACUUAGGGAUGGAAGGCAUCUGGCCUACAAAGAGCUUGGUGUUCCAAAAGACGUAGCCAAAUAUAAAAUUUUAUUUGUCCAUGGUUUUGACUCUUGUAGACAUGCUGCUGUUGUAGCCCUAUCACCGGAUGUUGUUGAAGGUUUAGGGGUCUAUAUUGUGUCAUUUGACAGACCUGGUUAUGGAGAGAGUGAUCCUAAUCCAAAACGAACUGUGAAGAGUUUGGCUUUGGAUAUAGAGGAUCUUGCUGAUCAGUUGGGACUAGGAUCCAAAUUCUAUGUGAUAGGCUUUUCAAUGGGCGGACAGGUGAUUUGGACCUGUCUCCAGUACAUACCUCACAGGCUCGCAGGAGCAGCGCUUAUAGCUCCAGUUGUUAACUACUGGUGGCCUGGUUUUCCUAUGAACAUAUCUAAAGAAGCCUAUUACCAGCAGUUUCCACAGGACCAAUGGGCACUUCGUAUUGCUCACUACACACCAUGGCUUACCUAUUGGUGGAACACUCAGAAGUGGUUUCCUGCUUCUAGUGUUAUAGCUCACAACCCUGCACUGCUUUCACGCCAAGAUUUAGAACUCUUCCCCAAACUUUCUCCAAGAAAGGAGUAUGCGGCACAAGUAAGACAGCAAGGAGAAUUUGAGUCCCUUCACCGUGACUUGAUGAUUGGCUUUGGAACUUGGGAAUUUGAUCCUAUGGAUCUGAAGAACCCAUUUCCAAAUAACGAAGGUUCAGUUCACCUCUGGCAUGGUGAUGAAGAUCUCUUUGUGCCUGUUACACUGCAACGUUACAUUGCUCAGCGUCUCCCUUGGAUUAAGUAUCAUGAGCUACCAGGUGCCGGGCAUAUGUUCCCAUAUGCUGAUGGAAUGGCAGAUGCUAUUAUAAAAGCACUAUUAAUCAGGGAGAAUAGCGUUCCAUAGAUAUGACAUGCCACACAAGGCCGAUCAGCUUAAUCUGACUAGAGAGAGAGCACGAGGUGUCCCACGGCAUGGUUGUAAAGCAAGCUUGCCAGAUUAAUUGCAUUACAAUCACUCCCUGUAUGCUUGUACCAGUUUACAUUUAUUUACACAUAAAAGACUCAAAUCUAGUCAUUUAAACAUUUACUCCUAAUGUUGGCUUGUGCGCUGUGUGUGUGUGAGUAUAGAAUCUAUAGAAAUAUUAUGAUUGGUAAA